AUGGGAAGAAAAAAAAAAAAAAAAAAAAAGUUUCUGUUUUCUUUUUCUUUUUUUAACGAUAGAAAAUCUUACCGAAAUCCUUCGAGUGCAUUUGCAAGGAUUUUAUGCGUUUGCUGUCCUAAACCUAUAAAAAGAAAAUAUCAAUACGCUUUACGAUCGAAACCGAGUCAGAAACUCACGCGACAAAGGUUGAGAUAUGCGACCAGUGCUGGUACCUGGUCGCUGAGAAGGAGGCCGAUGAGACAAAGAAGUUCUGAAAGUUCUUGUAAUUCCGAUCAAACGUACAUUUGA